AUGGACCCGUAUUUAGAUGUUCUAAAUAAUUUCAAUACUUUGAUCGUUAAACAAAGACCAAGAGGCAAAUGGUGGGAGUUACUAUGUGGUUUGGAGCAUGAAAAUGAGUAUAAAAAAUCAGAUAUUCUCAUUGCAAGAGAGCAUACAAGCAAUGGUUGUCUUUUAUGCUGUGGAAAAUAUAGAAAGUUUAAAAUGACAAUUAGAACACUUGAAGGUCAUGAAAUAUUAAAAAUUAAAAGACCAUAUCAUUGCGGACGUCAAGGUUGUUGUUGCUGUUGCUGUGUCGAAAGUUGUCACCAGGAGGCAGAGAUAUUCUUGGGUGAAGCAUCGAGCAUGCCAGGAAAGUAUCUCGGUAGAAUAAAAGAGAGAUUCAGUUGUUGUCUGCCAGUACUCAAUGUCUUCGAUGACACUGGUAAUGAGGUGUAUCGUGUCAUCGGUCAAUGUUGUGGUUGCAGCAACUACAGUCUUUCAAUUCGACAGGGUAACGGUACAUCCAGUGGUUGGGGAGACGACGGUGACGAAGUCGGUGAGAUCGAAAAGAAAUGGUCCGGUUGGAAGAAAGAACUUUUCACAGAUGCCGACAAUUUCUUUAUCAAUUUCCCUCCUGACUCAUCGUCACAACAAAAGGCACUGCUACUUGGAGCACUCUUCCUUGUUGACUAUCUAUUCUUUGAGAAUCAAUCUGAAAGAUCAUUAAUGAGUGAUCAAAUUUCCAACCCCAAAAUCAGAAAUGCAACACAUUUAUCUUGA